AUGGAGCGAAGUAAUCAGCACAACAUCCCUUCGUUAUGCUUGCUGGCUGGUCUCUUAACGCUUAUUCAGACAACAGAGCACAAAUCAACCACAAAUUUUCUGCAGAACAAGUUCUUCUCGUUAGUGUGUAAGCUUAUGGAAGAGUCGUAUGACGUAGACCAGUAUGCAGUACUUGAAGAAAUCUCUUCAGCUAUGAAUGGAUUGACACCUUCAUGUUGCACUUGUGAGACGAUGAGCUGCUGA